CUGUUGGUGCGUUAGUGUAGAGACAGUUUGUUUGUGUAGGCUAGGUGGACAUUCAAAUGCGCUACACUUGCAACAAGGCUACGUUCAACUACGUAACGCGAGGCUUAACUGUCACAAGGCUGUUCAUAAGUAGUAGGCUUAUUCAAAUGGUUCGUUUUGGAAACCCUGUUUUCAACUGACUCACAAAAAUGUAGCGCUCAAAUCGAACGUCUCAUGUGACCGCAGAUGCCCCACUUGUAGCGCAUCGCCAGCGACGAGGGUUACUGUAAAAUGAAACUGUUUUUGUGUGUUGUUGUCGAGCGUGAAGUGUGCAAUUAGACAACUGAAUUUGUUUUAAUGUGGCGAGAGAGUCGAGAAAAAUCACAAAACGGCAACAACGAAGGCGAGCGAAUCGAUUUAAAACAAGAGCAAGCUACUGGACAAAAUUUCUAGUCGCUCGACUAUCCCAAAAUCGUGGUUUUCAAGAAGUGCUAUAUCAAAUAUAUAUAUGUACAAGUCUGUAGAAGAGAGCGUGCGAAAACAGAAACCCAAACAACGGACAAGGAGAGACAAGUGGCGGGGCGAAGAAAAGCAAGAGGUGUAGGCAAAGGAAAAGCCAGCCACACACAUAUACAUAUAUUUUCGGGCCACUUUUCCAAGCCAGCUGGGAAAAGGCGGUGAAAUUGGGACUUUCGGAGGCCCGAAGAGCUCAGCUGCAGGAAUAAGCUGACGAAACUGAAACCUUGAGACAGCAAUUCGCACGCACACUAGCGCUGGUCCGCAUCUACACACAAACAUACACACUCACGCACGCAUAGAAGCUAAGGAGCGGCAGGAAGUUCAGACAUCAUGAGUUCGCAAUACUCGAAUGUGGAGAACCUGUCGCCGCAGACGAUAAGGCAGGUGAUGAGGGAGCUGCAGGAGAUGGAGACCACGCCACCGGAAGGUAUUAAGGUGCUGAUCAACGAGAGCGAUGUGACGGAUAUUCAGGCUCUGAUCGAUGGACCUGCUGGCACUCCGUACGCCGCUGGAGUUUUUCGCGUCAAACUGACGCUGAAUAAGGACUUCCCGCAGACGCCACCCAAGGCAUACUUCCUCACCAAGAUCUUUCAUCCGAAUGUGGCCGCCAACGGGGAGAUCUGCGUGAACACACUAAAGAAGGACUGGAAACCGGAUCUGGGCAUCAAGCACAUUCUGCUCACCAUCAAAUGCCUGCUGAUUGUCCCGAAUCCCGAAUCGGCGCUGAACGAGGAGGCCGGCAAGAUGCUGUUGGAACGCUACGAUGACUACUCACAGAGGGCGCGCAUGAUGACAGAGAUCCAUGCCCAGCCUGCCAAAUGCGGUGCAGGCGCUCAUGGCGAUGACAAAGACGACGAUGGACCCUCGACGAAGAAGCACGCGGGCCUGGACAAGAAGCUGCAGGACAAGAAGAAGGAGAAGUUGCUCAAGGAGAAGAAGCGCAUGCUGAAGAGAUUAUGAGAGGCAUAAGCCGAAGUUCCAUGGACUAGCUAAUCAACCAGGAGCAGUAUGCAUUAUGCAGUAAGCGAUAGCAGAACACGUCGGAUACGAAUGGAUGGAUAGAUGUUAAAGAAUGGAUGAGUGCGAGCGUAAACCCCACAACCACGUGAAGGGCGGCAGGAUCAAAGCUAGCAAGAUCGCAUCAAAGGAGUAGGCGCGCUAUGUAAUUUUACACUGAUCUAAUACAAAAUAAAAACAAAAAAAAAGUAGAUUGAGCUUCUGAAAGAACGGAGUAACCGAUAAAGCCCGAAUAAGAAACGGAGAAACACCUGAAGGCCAAUAUCGGAAACGGAAGUUAAAGCUACUACAAUUUCGGUAGAACGAGAGAGAUAAAGAACCACUCCAAAGAACAGUGCAUCCAGUUACCAUAUACGAUUAUUUUAACCACAUUUUUGGUGGCACGCCGCUGUCAACUGAGUCUAGAAUAUAGAAAACAAAAAC